CCGGUACCAAAAGUAUCAUCACUAGACGAAACCACAGAGAUUCCCAUAGAUCUGAUAACGACUACUUUGUCUUUGAAACAAACGUGUUUGCUGCGAUAUUCCGACUUUUUGAGAAUUUUGGUGGAUAUUUGAGACGAUAAUGCUGGAUGGUUGCGCUCAUGAAAUUCACCAGAGAUAUAUGCAGACUGUUGGGACUCGGGAGCGGCCCCGCUGUCCAGCAGGAACAGGAACCAAUGGACUACGGUGCUGCAUGCCCUGACCUAAGUCAGGACAGCACUCUGUCACAGGAUGCAGUAAAUGGAGAGGAGGCUCUUAGUGAGCAGGAGAAGAUCAGACGGAGGGCGGAGCGGCGCAGAGCCAAGAGGACGCGUCGUCGGAAACGAAAGAAGCAGGAGCAGGUUAAGCAGAGUGAAAGUAUUGAACAGGAUGAUGACGAUGAGGAUGGAGGUGCAGAGUCUGAAUUGGAAGAGAGCGACUUGGAAGCAGAAGCUGUUGGUGACAACGAGGAGCUGGUGCUAAAAGAGGAGAACAAGGAGACAAAACCAGCUGGCUCAUGCAAGUACACCAACAAUCUGGACAUGAAUUCAUCAGGAAUCAAAGGAUAUCAGAAGUCCCAUUCCAGUUCCACUGAAGAGGAACCAGAAUGGGAUAAGAGCAGUGCCUUUUUUGCUAAUGCUGCUAGCCAUAUUAAACCCAAAGGAUCAGGUCGUAAGUCCAAAGAGAACAAGGAGAACGAGGCGAGGAAAGAGACUAAUGGAUCUGACACUGUGACUAAGAAAAGUGCUUCACUCACAGAAAAAGGGAUUAAGCUUGUCCAGGAGGGGCAGUAUGCACAAGCAGUCAGUAUGUUUACAGAAGCCAUCAAAUAUGAUCCAAAGGAUUACAGGUUCUUUGGGAAUCGUUCCUAUUGCUAUAUCUGUUUGGAGCAGUACCCUCAAGCUCUGGCUGAUGCUGAACGUUCCAUUCAGAUGGCUCCAGACUGGCCAAAAGGACACUUUCGAAAAGGAAGUGCUCUGAUGGGCAUGAAGCGAUACAGUGAGGCUGAAAAAGCUAUGGAGCAGGUUUUGAAACUGGAUAAAGACUGUGAGGAGGCUCUCAACGAUUUGUUUAAUUGCAAAGUGCUCCAGUUAAUGGAACUUGGUUUUGAAGAAGUACAAAGUGUUCUACUAUUAGAGAAGUUCUCAUCUGUACAGGCUGUGUUAUCAUCUUGUUCUGAUUUUUCCCGGGCUGGGAGCCAGGAUUUAUCAGUUCUCCAGCCAGGAAGUCCUUGUCCAUCUUUAUGGGUGGGCAACGUAACCACCGAGUUGACUGAGAAACACCUCUGGGACCUUUUCAAAAUGUAUGGUGAAAUAGAGAGUAUCCGUGUGCUGCAUGAGAGAUUCUGUGCCUUUGUCAAUUUCAAGAAUGCAAAUAUGGCAGCUCAUGCCAUGGAGAAACUAAAUGGCUACUGCAUUGAGAACACACGUUUAGUGGUACGCUAUCCUGACCGCCGCACUCAAAGGGUUCUUCCACUAAAGACCUGCCUCCCUGUCACACAGCAGGCAGGGCCAGCUGCUGGUCCCAGGCGGCGUGGCCCAGUGAAUGGAGAUGAGUGUUACUUCUGGAGAACCACUGGCUGCCAUUUUGGGGACAAAUGCCGCUACAAACACAUUCCUGAACAGAAAGGCAAGGACAGGAAACCCUGGCAGCCUUGAGCUCGGUUUGUUCAGAAACUUUGGCGUAUAGACUGAACAAAUGGAACUGGUACUAACUGGACCAGGGAUCUAAGUGGAUAGAUAACAUUUGCAAGGACUGAGAGUCAGAUGGUUUUUGCUCCAACCACAUUCUGCAUUGGAUGUUGUUCCUCGUUACAACUUUAACCAGAGAGAAGCAACUAACCUUUGAAAUAAUUAAGCGUAAUCUUUGGAAAUGAAACCUUUGUAUGCUCAGCCCUUCUGUGCACAUGGUGGCUUAUCCUGGCUUUAAGGGAUACAUCUAAGAUCAGAUCACAAACCUGCAGUUAACAGUGUCUUCACUGUUGCUUCCCCAUUAAAGGGGAAGUGAAACUGC